GGAGGACUGACGGCAGGGAGCCGGCGGAGGCGGGGGGAGAGAGAAGAUGGCGGAGGCCUCGGCGGCGGCGGCGGCUGCCGUGUCCCAGCACCGCUUCUUCUGCCACAGCUGCAAGGGGGAGGUCAGCCCCAAGCUGCCGGAGUACACUUGCCCGAGAUGCGAAUCUGGCUUUAUCGAAGAAGUCACAGAUGAUUCCAGUUUUCUAGAUGGCAGCGGCAUAGACGACAGCCCAUCCACACAGUUUGCAGAGCUUUGGGACCAUUUGGACCACACAAUGUUCUUUCCUGACUUCAGACCCUUUCUGAGUAGCAGCUCACUGGAUCAAGACAGCAGGGACAACGAGAGGGGCCACCAAGCCCACGCCGACCUCUGGGGACCAAGCCGACCCCCCCGAUUGCCCAUGACGCGGAGGUACAGAUCCCGGGGCAGCUCCCGCCCCGACAGGUCUCCUGCUAUCGAAGGAAUAAUACAGCAGAUCUUUGCGGGGUUUUUUGCAAACUCAGCGGUUCCUGGCUCACAACACCCUUUUUCCUGGAGUGGGAUGCUGCACUCGAAUCCUGGGGACUAUGCCUGGGGACAGAGCGGCCUUGAUGCUAUUGUCACCCAGCUCUUGGGACAGCUGGAAAACACGGGACCACCUCCGGCCGACAAAGAGAAGAUCUCCUCUCUCCCGACAGUGACAGUAACUCAGGAACAAGUCGAUACGGGUUUGGAGUGUCCUGUCUGCAAAGAGGACUACACAGUAGCGGAGCAAGUCCGGCAGUUACCGUGCAAUCACUUCUUCCACAGCAACUGCAUCGUGCCGUGGUUAGAGCUGCACGACACGUGUCCGGUUUGCAGGAAGAGCUUAAAAGGGGAAGAUUCGACCCGGCAAACGCAAAAUCCCGAGGCCUCAGCGAGUAACAGCUUUAGCAGUGAAAGCCAACUACACGACCGAUGGACUUUCUGACGCUCGAGGGCUUGCUCGGGGGCUCUGGCCGGCGUGUCGUUACUACAGAUGUACAUUGUAUUAUAAUUCAAACAACAACAAGAAAAAAGAAAGUAGCAGGAAAUAUAGGGGAGGGAACCCACCCUGUGGUAUCACUGCACCGAGUGCUGUCUUUUUCCUGAAACUUUAAACUAGCAUCUCCGAGCGAAUCGCGUCUCCAUCGGAAUCGCCUCUUUAGUCCUAAAUUCAGAGUCUUUUGAGUGAUUUGACUUGAUUUUAUACUUGUGAAACCUUUACUUCAAACGUGGCCCCUUUGAAAGGGGGGGUGGGGGGGGUGUGGGAUGAGCCGGCGCGGGGAGGUUUGGGCAGCCCCCUCUGCCUCGUGUUUCCCCCCUGGCAAAGAGGUGGCCAAGGUGGGGAAGGCGUCCCCGUUGCCGUGCUCCUCGUAAAGGAGAAGAUUUUUGACUUCUCUCUGACCCCCUUCCCCUCGAACCGGGUGGGUGGAAAUCAAAUCCAGGAGGGGUUUUUGUGGGGUUGGUUGGUUGUUUUUCUUUUUUCCACCCCUCCUUCUUGAAUUCGAGUGACGGUGUCUAUAAAAUAGUGACGUAGGUUUUCUCGAGGGCGAGGCAGAGGUGAAGAUGGAGGCGUUGAAGCCUUCCCGAGACGUGCCGGCGGAGAGAAGCGUGGUCGGAGCCCCCCUGGUUCCGGGAACAGGAAUGCACCAAGCAGGAUUUUCUGUCUUGUGGACUUUUUUUUUUUUUUUUUUUUUUUAAUUUGGGGUUUUUCUUCUGGCCCUCUUCCACGUGCCUGUGUCCCCAGGUCUGUCCCAUCCUGUCCCCCACCCACAGUGAGUCGUUUAGGAUCCUUAGCUGGCUUGUAUCAUAUGGACCACAUUAAAGGCAUCCUUUAGAAAACAGACCUAACUGUGCGUAGCCAUUUUAACGGCCGAUUCCCCCAUGUUUAACACACAAUCUUAAUUCUCCCUUAGUCCGAUAACUUUAAGAGAAUCUCUUUAUUUUUGCGGAUUUUUUUUUUUUUUCUUUGUUUUAUCCCCCUCCUCCCCUCCACUUCUGUAACAUUUCAUCCAUAUUUGACUUCUUGGGGGUUUUUUUUUAUCGUCCGAAUAACCUCUGUGCUUACGGCACCCACUAAACCACCACGUGGCAAUGUUAAACCCCCGGCCGGGCCUAACGGCAGGCGGGAGGGAGAGGUAGGUCGCGUCUAAACGUGUUGCCGCUUCAUCGCUGUAAACAGUGUACUACGUACACUCGAUUUAAACCAGUGUUUUGUUUGCUAUUAAGUCAAAUAAAGGCCUUUAUAAAGAAGAUCGGA